CGUCGUGAGGGGAGGCCAGUCGUCCACAAAUCCACGGACCGUCUGUGGAUCUAAGUAGUAUCUCUCUUUGGUUCUCGAUACAUUUAACGGGCAGUGUGUAUCAACCGUCGCAGGAAACCAGUUGGUCUUCCUCUCUGCUCCCUUAUUGGAUCUAAAAAUGGCGGCUGUUUCAGCGGACCACGGUCUCAGCAGUCUGUCGCCUUAAUUCACUCACUUUUAUCGGAGUACGAUGUAAGCAGCACAGACGGCAAAGUCAUCCUAGAGUAAGCCUGUGCCUGCUGCAGAACCAGUGGGUUACUGGUCAGUAACCAGUAGCAGAGAGACAGAGUGGCUGUGCUGUCGCCUUCCAGCUGGAGAGGAAGACUGAUGGAGAGCGACUGUCGGAUCCCAGUCGCUUGCUGUCGACCUCGAGUCCUCCUCCUCCAAGCUCUGUUCUGGGGUCUGGUCUCGCUCAGAGUGUUUGGAGCAGCUCUGCUGAGUGAGGAGAAGACAACAGUGAAGCCUGCUGUCACCCCCUGCUGGCUGUUGGAGAACUUUGUGGUUCUGGAGGAAUGUAAUCGCUGCAGCGACUUCAACGCUAAGACGCAGUCAGCCUGCACACAGACGGGAUAUGUGGAGAGGGUGAACUGCACCAAGACCAGCAGAGAGGAGUAUAAGAGCUGUCGUUCUGCCCUGAUGGAGGAACACCUCUUCUGGAAGUUUGAGGCCGCCACGUUGGCGCUGACGGUUAUCUUCGCUGUUCUGGUGGUCAUCCGUCAGCGCUGGCUGGAUCGCCUUGCAUCUGAAAAGGUCCGCAGGCAGAUCGAAUCCAUCUAAGAAGAAGAGCUUGUUGGGCUUUUAAAAUCCUGUGGCAGUAUUUUAAAACUGACCCGCAUUGGAAGGUUUUGCCAGAUCAGUCGGGACUAAAGACGAAGCGGCAGAGGAACCGAGCUGUUGGACGUUUUCUGUGGAGCUGCUCUAAGUCUGUGAAGUUUUUCCUCUUCACCAGCCAUCGUUUCUCUUUUAAAACUGGAGAAAAAACUAAAAGCAGGAUGAUGAAAUGUCCUGACACACAAUGCAAACUGUAGAUUAUAUAUUUUAGUGUACAGAGUUUAUACAGAAAUCAGGAAGGAGAAGUUCUGGACCUGAGAAUAAAGACAGAACUUGAAGCGAGUGAGGAUCAAACUAAAAAGAAGUGAAACUGACUAACUUCAGAAGCAGCGGCUGAAAAUUUUCUCUUGAUGUCAUAAACUGACUGACGCCUCUAAAGUCACACGGCGUUUUCCAAAAAUGGACUCUGGAAAUGACAUCACAACAGGAGAAUGCAGCAGCUGCUUCUGAAGUCAUUCAGCUUCACUUCCUGUUGGUGAUUUAUACUUUGGAUCCAUGGUGUGGUCUGGAUUUGCUUUACAUCCGUGUUGGAUGAUAUGACUGGAUCUCAGUUCUGAGCCGUAUAGCAGGGUUCCUACGCUGCCUGGGAAAGUCUGGAAUUUGGUGUCAGUAUUUUCAAGGCUUCAAAAGCAGAGGAAUUAAAGAAAAUGUUUAUAUUCCCUUCUAAAUCUUUAUCUGUCCUUCCUUUUUUACCUCUCCUUGGAUCUGUUCUUCAUUGUUUCUUUAUUCUCUCAUGUCUCUCUUUUUGUCUUCCUUCCUUCCUUCCUUCCUCAUCCAUUCUGCCCCCCUAUUUUUAUUCCUUUCAUUCCUCUUUUGCAUCCCUCUUUAUUCACAUGUCUUUAUCUUCUGUCCUGCUUGCCCACUAUGGAAAUAUUUUCCUAAAUUUCAUGGUUAACUUUGGCGUUUUUAUAGUUUGAAAUAAACUGGGGGUCUGAUAAUGUCUAAUCUGGACUUGCAGGAUGUGAUGGAGCCCUGCUGUGGAGAAUUUAGGCGUUAACAACUGAUCUGAAAAGGAUCGAACAGAUAAUAUCUACCCAUUCUUUCCCCGAUUGAUUCACAUUUCUGAUCUUAUUGGCUGGUGCUUUAAAAUACGUAUAAAAAAA